AUGGAGGGUUGUCCAAACGAUACUAUCGUUAAUAUGGUGAAAACAUUGAAUCCGCCUUCCACCGAUUUCCCCAUAAAAAGAUCACUGAAUGGAAAUGAAGAAUCCACGCCGGUGCCAAUAAAAAGGUUCAAGUCUAUCAGCAAGGACUCCACUCCUUACGAAGGUUCCCCUAGGGAGUUGAGAAGGAUGCGAGCCGAUUUAGUGGAAGCCAGGAUCACCAUCAAGGACUUGCAGUGUAGGCUAACCAAUUCUCAUUCUCUCAGAAAUAAGAUGGAAUUGGAGUUCAAGGAAGAGAACAAAAUUCUCCGGCGACAAAGCGAGUACGACAAAAAAAGUAUCCAAGAAUUGGAAGAUCAACUGCAAACGAUAAGAAAACGAGAGAAGGACCUUAAAAGUCAACUCUCAGAGAUUAAAUGCAAGUACGAUUUACUAAAAAUAAAUUCAGCCAAAGAAAUCGAAAUGCUCCAAAACAGCUCCAGUAAUUCCAAGGAGGAAAGCACCGAAUCGGACAUUGAAGAAAGCGCUGUCGUGGCAUCUCUCAAUAGAAGAAUAACUGAGUUAGAAACGAUGCUUGAAUCUGCCGAAGACGAUGCGGAAACUCAGAAACAAUACGUCAAAGAAUUAAGCAGUAAAUUGAGCGAGGAUAAUAACCUUCAGAAAAAUUUGGAGCAAAAAGAGUACGAACUAAUGAAGGCGAAAUUAACAGUGAACAAUUUGGAGUAUCAAUUAAAAAGCUACAGCGAAUUUCAAGAUCAGGCCAAACAACAAGCAGACAAGUUAUCCAGGUACAUUGAAUUGGAAAAAGAGAACGAACGGUUAAACCAAGAGCGCGCCAGCCUGCUCGAUCAAGUCAAAAACAAGUUAAUUCUCGAAGAACAAGCCUUCGACUUCAAAAGACGAUUGGAAAAAUACAAAGAUUACGAUAAGAAACUGAUGGAUUUACAGAUUCAGCAAUCCCAAAGUAUGCUGCAAUUGAACGAAUGGAAAGCAGUUGCGCGGGAAAUAUGCGAAUCGAUGGAUUCCGAUUCGUCGUUGCCGCAUCAAUUGAGAAGCGUCGUGGAGAAGCUCCAGCAUCAGGAGUUGACUCUAACAUCGCAGAAAGUCGAAUUGGAGUGCGAGCUUAAAUCAAUCAGCCACGAAUCGAAGGUACUCAAAUCAGAAGUGGAAAAAUGCCGCAAAUUAAUCGAAGAAUUGAAACUAACCGGCGAGCAAAAGCAGAAAUUGAUCCAUCGAAUGGAGAAGAGAUUGAAAUUGGUGAUUAGCGAAAGGGACAGUUACAGGAGGCAAUUGGAUUCCUACGAGAACGAUUUAACAAUGGAUACGACCGUCAGUAGAAGUUCGAGCCAAUUGCAAACACAAAGGGAGCAUAUCAACAAUUUGGAAAAAUUAGUUAGCGGAUAUCGGGAUACAGUAGCUGAAUUGGAAAAUGACCUUCACAACGCCCAACCUCAUUUACGCGAUGAUAUACCGUUGAAAAUCGAGCAAGUGGCCAGAUUAAAAGAUGAAGUUCAAAGAUUAAAACUGGAAAACGACAAGCUACGACAGAGAUGUGAUCAGCUUGAAAUCAAACUGGAAAGACAAAUGGAGAACGACAGCUCGUUCAAAGGCGGCAAAAUCGCCCAUCAGCUGUACAACCCUUUGAGGGAGAGCGUGGAGCAGCGGGCCAAUCAAGUGGAAAAUCUGAAAAAGGAAAUCGAACGCUUGAAAUUGAAGAUCAAGAAUUACGAACAGGGCAUCGAGAACAGCAAAAUCGGCGAUGUGACGUUGCACUCCAAAGAAAUCGACGCGCUCAACGAGCAACUGAAGUCGCAGGAGUCGCAGACCGAGAUGCUGAGGAACUAUUUGAAAUCGAACUUCCAGGAGCUCAGGAACGUCAUCUACGUGCUGUUUGGGUACAAAAUGGACAGAACGAAGAAUUCAUUGUACACGUUGGCGAACAUGUACGCCGAGAAGCCCGAGGAUGUAAUAUGCUUUCAAUACGCCGAUGGGAAUAUGCAUCUUUUGCAAAACGAAUUUACCGCUUCCUUGGAACACAUGAUUAAUUUGCACGUGAAGCAACAAAAUUCGAUUCCAGUUUUCCUCAGUUCCUUAACUCUCGAUUUGUUUGCUAAUAAAAGUAUGACCGGCUUGCUUUCGGUCAAUUUAACUGGAAAUUAA